GUGCUCAGUGUUUGGACCUGAUGAACCAGGUCACGUGCCGCUGUCCGCUCGGCUUCACGGGGUCCCGCUGCGAGACCAACAUCGAUGACUGCGCCAGCCGCCCCUGCCUGAACGCCGGCACGUGUGUGGACGGCGUCAACAAUUUCACCUGCCGGUGCCCGCUGGGCUUCACCAGCAAUGACUGCUCCGAGCACAGAAACCCCUGUGACCGGUUUCCCUGCCUCAACGGCGGCGCUUGCUACGCCCACUUCACCGGCCCAAUCUGCAAGUGCUCUCCGGGCUUCAUGGGUAACAACUGUGAGUACCCUCUCCCCACUGAGAAGGAAGACGUCUCCCCGGCGCUGGUUGCAGCCAUCACGCUGGGUUUGAUCAUGCUGUCCAUGCUGGUGUGCGCCGCCGUGCACAUCCUGCGGCAGCUGCGCCGCAGCAGGGAGAGAGCCGCAGUUUCCACAUCAGUGAAGAACGAUCUGGAGGCGGUGAACAACCGCAACGCCGUGAUCGGUGGAGGGAUCCCCAACAAUGGGAGCAGCUUGAAGGAGAAGGAGUCCUUGCUGCUUCCUGGGGGGCAUCUCAAAAUGUCCAACAAAGAUGCGGCGCUGGCGGAGAAGGGAGGCGACAUGUCUGUGUUCAAAAGAAACCUGGCAGACUGCAACCUGGCCAAAGAGGAGCAGCACCUGGAGAGGAGCAAGUUUGACCUUUUUGCAAAGGACAGCCUGUAUCACGGCGUCUUCUUCAUCCCCGAGCAGAUGGAGCAGCGCGUCUUUGCCACCGAGGUGAGGCUCUCGCAUCGGCGUGUCGUUCAGUUGGUGUUGCAGAAAGAUACAGUUGGAGAUUGAAGUCAAAGGGGCUUCAUGUCCGAAUAGCGACGACUGAAGAUGUUAUUUACUGACCAAAAGCUGAGAAAACUUACUGAAGCUGUGAAGUUUGACUUUAACCCUUUUACUGCCCAGAAAAGAAGAAAAUAAUCCAAAAAGUUUUUUGUUUAUUCCCCCUAAACCAGGAGUGUCAAACUCAAUCAGACAGGAGGCCAAAACCCAAAACACACCUGAGGUCGCGGG